GAGUUCCCCUUGUCAACCCGAUUGCGCUUUGCGCGCAAUGUCGCGAAGAUGAGCUUCAUCAAAACAAGAGCCCAUCAACUGUCCGCCAUGGCGUCGCCAUCGUCCCCGUCGUCAGACGAGCAAGAAAACACCGCCGACGAGGAAGACUCUGAGGACUACUGCAAGGGUGGCUAUCAUCCUGUCCAGAUUGGGGAGCGUUUCAAGGAUGGCAAAUACACGGUCGUGCGAAAGCUUGGAUGGGGUCACUUCUCGACUGUCUGGCUCUCGCGGGACAACACGGCCGGCAAGCACGUUGCGCUCAAGGUCGUUCGCUCCGCCGCCCAUUACACCGAAACCGCCGUCGACGAGAUCAAGCUCCUCAACAAGAUUGUCCAGGCCAAGCCCAACCACCCUGGCCGCAAGCACGUCGUCAGCCUUCUCGACUCGUUCGACCAUAAGGGACCCAACGGCACCCACGUCUGCAUGGUCUUUGAGGUUUUGGGCGAGAACCUGCUCGGCCUGAUCAAGAAGUGGAACCAUAGGGGAAUUCCCAUGCCCUUGGUCAAGCAAAUCACAAAGCAGGUCCUGCUGGGCCUCGACUACCUCCACCGCGAAUGCGGCAUCAUCCAUACCGACCUGAAGCCCGAAAACGUCUUGAUUGAGAUUGGCGACGUCGAGCAGAUCGUCAAAAAGGUCGUUAAGAGCGACACGAACGAGAAGGAAGGCAACCGCAACGGCCGCAGGAGGAGAAGAACUCUCAUCACCGGCAGCCAACCUCUACCCUCUCCCCUCAAUGCCAGUUUCAACCAAAACAACAUGUUCCCAUCGUCCGAGUCUCACAGCAGCCUCGGGCAGAUGCUGCAUGAAGGCAAAUCCAAAGAAAACUCGCCAAAGCGUGACAAAAGUGCCGACCAGAAGCAGCGCGAAAAGACUGCCGAUCUUCUCACCAGGGAAGUCUCUGGUAUCUCCCUUGACAAGGCGAGCAGCUCGUCGGCAUCGUCUGGCGAGAAGCGCAAGGCGGACGAUGGCUUCACACUCGAGGUCAUCAGCGUCAAGAUUGCCGACCUCGGCAAUGCCUGCUGGGUCAACCAUCACUUCACCAACGAUAUUCAAACUAGGCAGUAUCGUUCCCCCGAGGUCAUUCUGGGUGCGAAAUGGGGUGCGAGCACCGAUGUCUGGAGCAUGGCUGCGAUGACAUUUGAGCUCAUCACGGGCGAUUAUCUUUUUGACCCCCAGUCCGGUACCAAGUACGGCAAAGACGACGACCACAUUGCUCAAAUAAUUGAGCUUCUCGGCCCAUUUCCAAAAUCGCUUUGCUUGUCUGGGAAGUGGUCUCAGGAGAUCUUCAAUCGCAAGGGCGAACUACGCAACAUCCACAGGCUUCGUCAUUGGGCUUUAUCUGAUGUGCUGAGAGAGAAGUACCAUUUCAGGGAAGAGGAGGCUAAGCGCAUCGCCGACUUCCUUGGCCCCAUGCUCGAGCUCGUUCCAGAAAAGCGUGCCAAUGCUGGCGGCAUGGCUGGACACGCGUGGCUCACUGACACGCUUGGCAUGAAGGGAAUUAAGGUGCAAGGCCUUGAGGUGGGCGGCCGCGGCGAAGGUAUCGAAGGCUGGGCAACAGAGAUUAGGAAACGGUAGUGGAUUUCACUACGUACGACAACAUGAAUCGGAACACAUCGCAACCAUACAGAACAACUUUGAGGAUACGAAAGGUGCUGCGCCCUUCCUCGUCCCGUCGCAACACAACACACCGCUGGUCAACGUUUGCUUUGGUCCCUCUCGUCGCGGGUUUCAAGUCUGGGCAAUGGCUGUGCCUCCACGUCUUAGGGAGAGCGUUGUUGUGGGAAGUCAAACAAACACGUGCACUGGACGAACAGAUGAUAGGCCAAGGAAACAGGGACAUGCCGACGUUGCUACACUACACAUUGCUACACGCCGAGCAGCCUACACCACAAUCGGUGGAACCGGGUUUGAGGAGUACCGCAGCUGGGAGCUUGUUAUGCAUGGCUUGUUGGUCUGCAUGAAGGAUAGAUAGACCACUGACUUUUUCAUGGAGUUUGUGCCUUGGAAUCAAAGUGAGCACUGAAUUGAGAGUCCACGGGUCAUGUCGGGGCACUGCGUGAUCA